GUUAUUUGGCGUUCAUGCUUCCCCACACUGUGUAACAAACUUCGUUUAGAGAGAGAGCGAAAGAUGAAGCUAAUUUCGAGAUUUCUUGUGGUUCUUCUUCUAAUUGUGCUUCGAUCGGAAGCAGAAGCAGAAGAUGGAUUUGUGAGAACCAGAGGGCAGCAGCUGAUUUUGAAUGGUAGUCCAUUUUAUGCAAAUGGAUUCAAUGCCUACUGGUUAAUGUACUUCGCCUCGGACCCAUCUCAGAGAACCAAGGUCUCCUCUGCCUUUCAAGAAGCCCUAAAUCAUGGCCUCUCCAUCGGAAGAACUUGGGCCUUCAGCGAUGGCGGAUAUAACCCUCUACAGUACUCCCCCGGCCAAUACAAUGAGCAGAUGUUCCAGGGGUUGGAUUAUGUGAUAUCUGAGGCUGGAAAACAUGGGAUUAAACUGAUCUUGAGUUUGGUGAACAAUUAUGAAAAUAUGGGAGGGAAGAAACAGUACGUGGAGUGGGCGAGGAGCCAGGGGCAGGCGAUUUCGUCUGAGGAUGAUUUCUUCACUAAUUCUGUGGUGAAAGGGUUCUACAAGAACCAUAUUAAGAGUGUUCUAAUGAGAACCAAUAGCCUCACUGGAAUAGCUUAUAAGGAUGAUCCAACAAUAAUGGCUUGGGAACUUAUGAAUGAGGCCAGGUGCCCUUCAGAUCCUUCAGGGAACACCAUUCAGGCAUGGAUUAGAGAAAUGGCAUCAUACUUGAAAUCAAUAGAUGGAAAACAUCUAUUAGAAGCUGGUUUGGAAGGUUUCUAUGGACAAUCAAGGAAUCAAGGAAAUCCAAACUUUCAAGUGGGAACCAAUUUCAUUGCAAACAAUCAGAUACCCGAACUUGACUUUGCCACAGUCCACUCAUAUCCUGACCAAUGGUUAUCUGGUUCAAGUUAUGAGAAUCAGCUCACAUUCCUAAACACUUGGCUCAAUGAUCACAUCCAAGAUGCACAGAACAUCCUGCACAAGCCAGUUCUCUUUGCUGAGUUUGGAAAAUCUACAAAGUACUCUGGCUCUGAUCAAAGGGAUCAACUUUUCAAUGCUGUUUACUCAGCUGUGUAUUCCUCUGCCCGGACUGGCGGAGCAGCCGUUGGUGGAUUGUUCUGGCAACUUCUAGUCGAAGGAAUGGACUCGUUUCGAGACGGAUAUGAAGUGGUACUUAACGAGAACCUCUCGACUGCUAAUUUGAUUUCUCAGGAGUCUCAAAAGCUUAUUCACAUCCGGAAGAUGUAUGCCAAACUCAGAAACAUUGAGAAGUUGAAGAGAGCAAAGGAGAUAAGAAGAGCUCAGUGGCAGGCCUUAAAUGGAGGCAACAACAGUCCUGGAAAUUAAGCCAAAAUAGAACUGAAGAUAGAAACGCUAAGCAAAUAUUGAUACCUUAAUAUAACUACUUAUGAGGUUAUUGAGAGAGUAUUUCCCUCAUGGAGCUGAGAUUUGCUCAUCCAAAAGCUGAUGUUAAAUGGGUUUGAAUAUUGUUCUCGUAUCUCGUGAUGUGGAUUGAAAUCAAAAGUUGUUAUUUUACUCAGGAAACAUGUUGGCUUCUUAUUUUUUACAUAUAUGAAAAGAAACUAGUUCUUUUUACAUUAA